UCUACAGUGUGAGCAACAGUUAAAGACUCGGGUCAGACCCGAACCCAACACGCCGCCAUCCGACCACCCGCGCGGCCGCGCCCACGCCAGCGGCGGCACCCUAGCACCACCGGAGAUGGAGCCGGAGCCGGAGGCCGCGGCCGCAGCCGGGGCCCUCGCGUCGGAAGCCGCGGCGCCUGAGCACCACCCGUCGCAGCUCGAUGUUUUCAAGAACAGAAUUCGACUAUUACGUAAUAGGACGGGCAAUUUUGAUGCUUGGGUAUCAUUAAUCAGUGUUGCAGAGGGAACAUCAGCAGAUGACAUAGAAGUUAUAAGCUUGGUAUAUGGUAGCUUCUUAUUGGAAUUUCCUUUGUGCUAUGGCUACUGGAUCAAGUAUGCAGCUCACAAGGCACGACUAUGCAUGAACAGAGAUGUAGUGGAUGUUUAUGAACAAGCUGUCCAAGCUGUGCCUCAUUCUGUUGAUCUUUGGGUCAGUUACUGUGGCUUUGGUGUAUGUGCAUAUGAAGAACCUGCUGAUAUCAGAAGUUUAUUUGAAAGAGCUUUAUCUCUUGUCGAAAAGGACUAUUUGUGCUAUCACCUGUGGGACAAGUAUAUAGAAUUUGAAAGUUCUCAGAAGCAGCUGAUUCAGCUUGCCAUCAUUUAUAUCAACACACUGAAAUUUCCAACAAAGAAGCUGCACAUGUAUUAUGAAAGUUUUAGAAAGUUGGUAACAUUAUUGGAACAAGAGGUGACAAGUUGUGCUGCUGGAAGAUUAUCAGACAAGAUACAUACUUCGGAAAUGAUAGAAGCUGAAGAUUCUGAAUUGGAUAUAUCAACUAUUAUUGCUGACUUAUUUGACCAAAAAGGUGGGCAUUUUAGUCCUGAAGCAUUGAAGAAUUACUUAGCUGCUGGGGAGAGGCUCUACAAAAGGUCCAGUAAAAUUGACAAAGAAAUCUGUUGCUUUGAGGCAUCCGUAAAAAGGCCCUUUUUUCAUGUCAAGCCACUUGAUAUUGAUCAGCUUGAAAACUGGCACCAGUACCUUGACUAUGUUGAGAAGAAUGGGGAUUUUGACUGGGCUGUAAAGCUCUAUGAAAGGUGUUUGAUCCCUUGUGCUAAUUAUUCAGAGUUUUGGAUUCGCUACUCGGAGUAUGUCGAUGCUAAAGGUGGCCGAGAAAUUGCAAACCAUGCUCUUGUUCGAGCAUCAUCAUGUUUUGUGAAGGGAGUUCCAACUUUCUGCAUGUAUUACGCGUUGUUUAAAGAGCAAAUUGGUGAUGCAUCAGCUGCACGCUCUCUUUUUGUUAAAGCAAGCAGUAACUUCACUUCGGGUUUUUAUGCUAAUAUCAAUAGGCUGGCCAACAUGGAAAAACGCAUGGGAAACAGUAAAGCAGCUUCUAAGAUAUACGAGACAGCCAUUGAGGACGCAAUGCAGAAGCAGAACAUAGAGUUACUUCAGGACCUGUACAGCAAUUUUGCUCAAUUCAUAUAUGCGGCAAGUCAUAGCAUUGUGGAGGCUAAAGAAGUCUUUGUCAAGGGAAUCAAUCGUGUACCCUGUAAACCACUGAUUAAGGGACUCAUACAGUUCAUGAGCACACAUGGAGGACCUACAGAAAUACCUCUUCUUGAUUCUGUUAUUUCUAAUGCCGUGACUCCUGGAUCUGAUGUAUCAACAGCUUUAAGCCCUGAGGACCGUGAAGAUAUCUCAUUGUUGUUUUUGGAGUUUGUUGACCUUUAUGGAGGUGUCGAAGAACUCAGAAAGGCAUGGGCUCGGCAUAGUAAAUUGUUUCCUCACAGCACUGGGAACAUGUCACAGCAUUAUCCUACUAUAGGAAAUAGCGUUCAAGAGAAUAACAAGAGGAGAAAAACAGAACAUUCGAUUGUUGCUCAUGAUCAUUCUUUAGAAGAUAUAAGGAAAUUGAAACAGACAACCAAAACUGACAAUUUUUCUCUUAUAUUUGAUAAAGAGGUUGAGUCACAAGUGGAAAGGGACAUUGUGGAUUCAGGAAAAGGACAUAGAGAUGCAGGAGAGCAGAAAGCUUUAGAGAAUCUUGAUUCACAUGAAGAGACCAGCAGGGCAUCUCAGGAAUGCACUCAUAGCCUGGACAAAUAUGGAAUGCAGAACCAAAUGAAUUCAUUUGCUAAAGAAAAGACUGAUCAAGAUCUGAGUUUGCAUGAACAAAAUGCUGAGAAAACAUCUCAUGAGGCUCAAAGCCACGAAGCCCCUGUAGCUGAGUCAGGCGACUGUAAUUCUCCUUCCAAAGCAAUUGCUAGCUCUGAAAGCAUCAAUUCUCAGGACAAGGUCGCUGUGGUAUCUGCAAGAAUCCAUCGUGAAAUGGUAUGCUCCAAAUCUGAUUUGCCAUCUGGAUCAAGCAUGCCCAAAGAAGGUGGAAGUUCUUCUGAUCCAGCUCGAAUAUCUCCAGAGCUGGAGGAAAGGCAUCAUGUGGAGGUUCAGGUAAAGCUUGACACAGAGGAUGGUUUGUCUGUCAGUAAUGCAAACCUAGAGAGGUCUAAUGAUAGCCCAAACACAACUGACUGUGACAAGGUAAACUCUGCUCUUGUUCAUGAGAGUCAAAAUCAUGUCCAAUCUUCACCGGCAGAACAACUCGCAGUCUGUGCAAAACCUUCGAGCUCAGAAUUAGUGAACACAAAAGCGGAUACUCUGGGUUUUCAAGCUCAACUGCAAAACCAGGUGGCGAAUUCUCAAACGCAUCAAUCUAAUAACCUUUCUCUGCCUGUACAAAACAUACAACAGCAAGGGCCUUCUUAUACAAUGGCUCAGAAUGUUCAAACAUCUGCACAAACUCAAGAUCAACUCUUUGCACAGUCCAAUCAGGGAAAUCAGCAGUAUCUCCAAAUGACGCAAGGGUAUGCAUCACAAAUGUGGCAGUAUUAUCAGCAACAACUGUAUUACCUGCAGGCUCAGCACAAUCAACAGAUGCAGAGUCUGCAACAACAACACCUUCCAACUGAGCAUCUUCAGCAAAAUUUCAUGCAGCAAGUGCAACAGUUGCAGCAGCAAAUGGUACUUUGGCAGCAACAAGUGCAGCAGCAGCAGCAAGUAGUACUGCAACAGACAAUUCCAGCUCAGCAACUCCCUGACAGAAAACAGGGUCAGCAUCCUUCUUCUUCAGGGGAUACCAAACAUGACCAAAAUAAACAGCAGCAACAAGCACCUCAAAUGGAUCAGCAAAGCCAACAGUUGCAGCAGCAACAGCUUCUUUAUUUCCAGCAGCAGCAGCAGCAACAAAUGUAUCUUAUGCAGCAGCAGCAGCAGGUGUACCAACAACAGCAAGCCCAGCAGCAGCAGCAGCAGCUCUUUCAGCAGCAGUUAAUGCAGCAACAACAGUUUGUUCUGCAGAUGCCACAGCUACAGCAAGACUCGGUUCAGCAGCAGCAGCAGCAGCAACUGUUUCAGCAACAGCAGCAGCAGAUGAUGCUUCUUCAGCAACAGUUUAUGCAACAACAGAUGCAACAGUACCUGCAACAGCAACAAAACCAACAAGGACCCAAGGACCAGACAUACAACUCAAACCCUCAGGAUGGAAGGACCAAGCAAAUGGAGCAUGGGCAACAGUCUGAAGCUUCACAGAGUGAUGGUUCCAAACUGCGGAGUGGUGAACAAUCUGAGUUAUCCUACCCGUCAACUCCACAGUCACGCUCAAAUCGCUGAAUCAUUUAGGAUAACCUGUCUUCUAAUCAAAAGACAAUGAAAGAUUUAAGUACCGUCUGGCAAAUGGAUCCAUGGACAUGCUUAAGAAACAUGGAAGGCCGCAUGUGUAUUUUCUAUCUUGGUGCCAGUAGAUGGCCUUGACUCCAUACUGUGUCAGAAUGGUGAUGAUGAGCUGCCUCUCCCCUGUUGAUGACGAAGCUUGAACUCUUGCACUCGGCUUGCUCCAUGUAACAAAUCUUAUGGUGGUGUUACCUUAUGGUAGACUGCAUUCCUCAACUGCAGGUGAGAUGAACUACAGAGAACUAGCUUGUGUUAAAUCAAAUUGUGCGAAAUGUCAGCUAUGAUCGACAGCCUGGUUAGAGUUUCUCGGUAACGUUCACAUUUCUGGAGAAGGCGCACUGAUAUAUUGGAGAUGAAUUGUCGAGCUUUAAUGAAGCACUCAAAUUUCAAUUGGAAAAACUUCACUCAAGCAGUGAUAUCUAAGAGUAUGUUUUGAUAAAGCGUAUGAUUUUCUGUCAUAGCUCCUAUAUGUUGUAUGAUAUGGCCGUCAGGUGGAAGAGCGACAAAAGAAAGCGAAAAGGCUGGAAAUCCCAUCAACCUGCUGGUACAUAUUAGCAAGUUUUUUGGUCUGGGUUAAACUGCUAUCAUGCUUCGAUAUUCUUUGCAGCUGUCUCUUGGUGUAUUUAGCAAUGUGUGAACGUCAGAGGUGACAAUUUUACCAGUGAUUUGAGAUAUUGAAUCUAACUGUUAGGUAUUUCCAAUCGUUAAUCUCUCUUCUUCUUUUUUUUUUUUGCCCCUGGACAAUUGGUCUUGCUACUUAAGCAUAGUGACUGAGGGAGUUGUAAAUAUUAGAUUCUCAGUUUUUAUGAUGUACCGCUAGCUAUUGAACAUGUAAUAGAAGUGUUGAAGCGAGAUGCUUCAGCCCUUCAGAACGACGGCAGUAAUCCAUAUCAAACGCAAUGCCCUUGGGAGCUACAUUUGCCUA